AUGGCAAAGACUUAUGAUUAUUUAUUUAAGUUACUUUUAAUUGGUGAUUCGGGAGUUGGAAAAACUUGUGUAAUUUUUCGAUUCUCAGAUGAUUCCUUUAAUAAUUCGUUCAUUUCCACAAUUGGCAUUGAUUUUAAAAUUCGAACGAUUGAAUUAGAUGGAAAGAAGAUCAAAUUACAAAUAUGGUAUGAAUUAAAAACUUCUUAUUAUCGAGGUGCAAUGGGUAUCAUGCUGGUCUAUGAUAUUACUAAUGAAAAAUCAUUUGAUAAUAUAAAAAAUUGGGUUCGAAAUAUUGAAGAACACGCGUCAUCAGAUGUGGAUCGUAUGAUAAUUGGCAAUAAAUGUGAUGCUGAAGAAAAGCGGCAAGUUUCUAGGGAACGAGGAGAACAACUAGCAAUCGAAUAUGGCACAAAAUUUAUGGAAACAUCGGCAAAGGCGAAUAUCAAUGUCGAAGAAGCAUUUUUCACUUUAGCACGUGACAUAAAAUUAAAAACAGAGCGAGCUACUCAUCAGAAUACUACACAAAACAUUGGCCGAAUAAAUGUGCAGCAACCGAUAAAAAAGAGUGCGUCGUUAUUUUCUGGUUGGAAAUGUGUAUUAAUUUAG